AUGUCCACUUCAAAGCCUUUUCCGGUUCCAGAUCCAACAGCUUCUUAUUGGCAUUCCGAGAACGAUACCUUUGUUCACACUCGCACAACUAAUGAUCUCCCUUCAGAAACAGAUGUGCUUAUUGUUGGUGCAGGGUAUGCCGGGGCGGCGUCCGCAUACUGGCUUUACAAACAAUGUCACACAUGUCCUCUGAAAGUUUUGAUGCUAGAAGCUAGAACAGUGUGUUCAGGAGCUACAGGAAGAAAUGGAGGACAUCUAAAACCCGACUACUACCGCGAAUAUCUUAAAUUUGAGAGACUUUAUGGACAGAAGGGCGCAGCAGACAUUGGGAACUUUGAGCAUGAGCAUAUAUCUGAGAUAAAGAACGUGGUAGAAGAUCUCCAAAUUGAUUGUGAUUUGGUUCUCACGAGAGCAUGUAAUGUCCACCUUACCGAGGGUGCAGUGGAUGGAUGUAUCAAAGCAAUGGAUGCUCUAAAAAAUAAUCCAUACUCCAAUGUACUGGACGACAUUCAAAUUCUUGAAGGAAACAAUGCAAGAGUGGUUUCUCAAUUUCCAAAGUCACCGCUUGCACUAACAUUUACUGCAGGACACCUAUGGCCAUACAAAUUUGUGAAGGGUUUGCUUCAGUUUUGUCUAGAAAGAGGUCUCAACCUGCAAACAAAUACUUGUGUUGACUACAUUGAGACUCUUGGAGAUGGCUCUUAUCUGAUAAGAACGGCAAGAGGCAAUGUCAAAACAAAAAAAGUUAUCUUAGCAACAAAUGCCUACACAUCGGCUAUAGCUCCAGAAUUUGAUGACAAAAUUGUUCCCGUCAAGGGCACAUGCUCUCACAUCAAGUUCACUGCAGACAACAAGUAUACUCCAUAUUUGAACUAUACUUACGGAAUUUGUCGAGACUUUUCUGAGCACGAAUACUUAAUCAAUAGGUCUGAUGGUUCUAUCGUUGUAGGUGGAGCUAAACCAUUCUAUCUUAAAGAUAAGGAGUCCUGGUAUAAGAAUGUCGAUGAUGCCAGUCUUUUCAAAGCGGAUAUAGAAAGAUGGUACAGUACUUUCAUGCAAGAUAACUUUAGCAGUUGGAAGGGAACUAAAACGGAAGUGGACUACUUAUGGACCGGAAUUCUAGGUUACUCUGUUGAUGCUCUUCCAUGGGUUGGAGAAAUGCCAAAUCAAAAAAAUAAGUACGUCUUGGCAGGCUUUCAUGGACAUGGUAUGCCACGGGUAUUCUUGUCUGCUAAAGCAAUAUCGGAAAUGAUUUUGAGGGGAGUGGCAGUCGAGGACACAGGCUUGCCCCAGCCGUUUAUACUGACUGAGGAUCGUCUAAAACAGACCAGAAACAAUAUUCUACAAGAGACAGGAUAUCACAAGUAUCAGACUAAACUCUAA